AUGGUGCUCCACAGGGGAGACCCCUGCUGCCACGCAGAGAUGAAUGCCAUCCAACAAGCAUGCCAGGCCCUGGGUUCGCACGAUCUCUCGGAGUGCGAGCUCUUUACCACCUGUGAACCCUGCCCUAUGUGCUGGGGCGCUGUUCAGUGGUCAAGGCUGGGCAGAGCCUACAUCGGCGUUGAUCGCCAUACGGCUGCAAAGUACGGCUUCGAUGACAAGGUAUUCUACGAUGAGAUCGACUCAAAAGCAGGGCACUAUGGCAUCAAGAGGACUGGCUACAUUCCCAACACUUCGGAGGCUCACAAUCCUCAGGGGGAGCGUGUCUUCAAGAACAUGGUCGACGUGUACGACGGCAUCCUCAAGGAGGAUGUGGAGCAGUUCUUCAAGGACACAACAGUGAACCGGACAAUGCGACGACGCUUCACUGGCAAAGGAGGAGAGCAGGUGCAGAGUGCCUACAAGCUGGUCUUCGACCGGGAAGCGCAGCUGCGGCCGCCCCCGUCCGGUGAAGAUGACACGAACAUGGAGGAUCACGAGAAGUACAUGAAGCUGGCUAUGGCAGUGGCUGCCAGGGGUGCCAAGGCCGGUUUGGCCAAGGAGCGUGAAUGCUUCGGUGCCGUCAUUGUCAAGGAUGGAGUGGUGGUCGCCGAGGCCUGCAAUUGCGUGUUGUCAGAUCGCGAUGCGACUGCCACUGCCGAGGUGAAGGCCAUCCGUGCUGCAACGCAACGCCUGGGAACGUACAACCUUGAGGGCUGCGUCAUGUACACCACAGCGCAUCCGGACCUGAUGUCUUUAGGUGCAGUUCUUUGGUCCAGAAUCUCUCGCAUAUACUGCGGUGUGACGCAGCAGUUU